UAUACCAUAAAAAGAACCUUAUUUAAUUUCUGUCUAAUGCUAUAAUGAAUAGAGUAUAGUUAAAAGGAACAGAAAUUACUAUCUAUGAUCCAUUCGUUUCCUGUAAAAAUCAACGUUUGGUAGAGUCGCCAUAUGUUUUUAGUGCUUUCUUUUUUUCUUAAAAUACUUCCUCAUAGCGAAGUGAUGCCUUGCAGUUAAAGAAUCGAUGCGCCGCCGAAUUGACUCGCGGACUCUAGUCACAUCACUAUGGUGAGAGUGACGUUGACGUUAAAAUUGAUUGUUACGAUUUCAGUUGAGAUUUCAAAAUUUAGUUCUUUUGUGUAUUGUUACUCGUUUGAUUUUCUUUGCCUCCGUUUUGCUUUUCUAUAACGAAAGCGUCUGUUUAUUUUGUUUUAAAGACUGCUCUAUUUACCAACCAAUAAAAUGGGUGAACAAGUGGAGGAACAACUAAAUGAUGUCGAUAUGGAUAAUUCUGAACUGACUUUCGAUAAUCUUACAAUUUUAAAAGAAUUUAGCAAUAUUGCUAAUUUGGUUAAAAAUGAAGAUUUUCUUGAAACUGUGCCAAAAGCUAAGUUGAGAAGAGUGAAAUGGGUACCAAUGUUCAACUGCCUUAAACAAGGUAUUUUGGAUGAGAUGGUCCAAGAAUUGAGUGCAAUGUGGCAAUAUGAAAACAUGCAUGAAAAGAUUGAGUCAUUAGAAAAACAAAAAGAAAAAUUCAAUGAAAUUGAUUCUGAAAAAGUCUUGUGGAGACCACAACUUGGUGAUGUCAAAGCACAAUUAAAAGCUAGUGAUAUCAGUAAUCUACAAAAGCAAAAAGUUUUAUUAGAAUCAUUGGCUAAAGAAUAUGAUAGCAGAGUCAACAGACUGAAAAAGACAAUCACAGCUAAGAGGGGCUAUCUAAGAGCACUACAACUAGAUAUACAGAAUUAUCAAAAAAAGAAUGAAGACCUUAUUACAAAAAUUCAUGAAAAAUUAGAAAAUCAUCAUAAUUUGACUAAAAUCAUAUUGCCUAUCAAACAAGAAGUAGAUGAAAUAAAUUGGGUAGACAAAGAUUUGAACAUAAAAGAUUAAUGAGAGAUUAAUCUAAAAAUGCAUCAUGAAAUAUUGAAUAAAAUUUAUAUUUCAGAAAAUUGUACACACCUGAGAAAAAGUACAACAAAAUCUAUGAUAAUUAUUUUAAAAAUCAAUUUUCUGUGUAAUGUAAGUUAUCAAUACUAGUGUAGAUAAAAAUAGAAUAAGUAAGUGAAAGAAUCACAUAAAAAUCUAAUGUCUGCAUUUUUUUACCAGCUAUCUAUUUAGCUCUAUACAAUUUAGUUUUAAAUACUGAGAACAAACAUAUAAUUUAAAUCUGAUAGCAACAUACCUAAAUAGUAAUCAAAUUUAUAAAGCUAAUAAGAUGAAAAGACUUCAUAAAUAAAAUGAUGUUCUAAUAACAAAGUACACUCAAUAAAUUAUACAAUAUUAAAAAUUACAAUUAUUAUUUGUAAAUGCAAACCAAAAUGAAACAAAAAUAAACCUCUUAGUUUAAAUAGUAAUAUUUAUUAAUGAAUGAAAAUCAUUUGAUAUUGUUAACAUAGCUAAAAAUAAAAUUGUACAAUGCAAAACCUGCAUAUAAUUUUAUAAUUAAUAAACCAUUAUAUAGAAAUUGCACUAUUGUUGCGAGGACUACACUGUUACUACCACCAUUAAUUAAAUUAUGAAUUCAUUUCGAGACUUGUUACUGCCAACUGCGAAAGUCUCAAGGGGAGAUCAUGCUAUGUCCAAGAAAUUUUGAAACAUCUACUUACUCUUUAACAAUAAUACUGAGUGCAAAUAAACAUAAAUUUUACUGUGAAACACCACUCUAAACAUAACCAAGUGUGAGUUUAAGGGUCAAUAGAUAGAAACACUUAGUAGCUAUGACAAGAGAAGGUUAAUAUCAUGGUUUAGGCCAGUUCCACAAAAACUAAAAUAUGUAAUAUAAACAAAUGUUAUGUUUUAUAAACAACAAUGUGACUUUUUGUUGAUAUUUUCACCAAUAUGAUAAUACUAGAAUUUUUUCGAAAGUAAAAUCCAAUUUACGUUACUUAUACGAGACCUAUACAUACUUUACAUUUAUAGGCACAUUAGUUACAGAAUAAACAAAGCGAAUGUGCUUUCGAUCCACUACAACUUAAACAUAAUUAUGAAUGUGUUACGACGCUUUGUGUCCAAUGCCCGCAUAUUUAAGACCAUUCUCAUCACUUCAAACUCUUUAAAGUUAACAAAACAAUUUUACUACAACAUUAACAUGUUAUAUUACAUAAAACAACAGGGUAUAAUAUAAUUCGAUAACUAGGGUUGCAAUACACCAGGGAUCGAAAAAGCAAAUAGUCUCAGAGGCGUUGCCGAAUUAUGUCAUCAUCAUAUCCAAUCAAUAUCCCCAAAAUCUCUGUAGAACUAAAUUCAUAAAUUAAUAUCACUCACAUUAAUUAAAAUUAAAAAUAAGAAGGCACAAGCAAGUUGAUAAAUAAAUUUAACAAUAUGCGACAUAUUAUUCGGCUUUGUCCAAUGACUACACUAAACAUAAUAAUUAUAAUACAUGAUAUAAUUAAUUAUUUGUAGCAUUCCUCUCACUGUGCAGCACACUGGAACCCAAAUGUCAGUUAUUUUUUCUUGGGUGGUGACCUUUGAGGUGUGGCUGGUCUCCCACUGUUGAUUCCGUUGUAUUGGUAUUUAGCUUUUUUUUCAGAUGGUUUCAGGAUCUGUUGGCAUUUUGAUGAGUGUUUCAUCAACAGACAUCAUACCACCGGCGUUGUCAAAUUCACCACAGUAGUUGGGUGCUGAGAACAAGGUAACCAGCUGUCUCUUUGCAAAAAAUUCGUAGCCAUCUUCUACUACCUGUGGAAUGUAAAUUGCAUUCAUUUAAAUAAGCUGGUAGGCAAAAAUAAGUCAAGUUUAAUAGAAACACUUUACACCGUAAUAAAUAUCAUUUUUGCAUUUUUUAUGUGAGCUCUGAACAUUUAAAUUAAUUAAAAGCAGGUUUCUAUUUAAUAAUAAUAACUAUAAAUAUUAGACAUCAUCACAUACAUUGCCCACAAUUCAGAUCUCAAACUAAGUAGCUAAAGCACUUUAAUUAUGGAAAUCUGUAACAACAAAACAGAUGCGAGACAGGUAUCAGAUAUUCAGAAUAAAUUAUCCGGAAUAUUGUUUUUGGGGAAACAAAGUACACCUCCAGAGAUGCAAAGCAGAUACCAGAUUAUUUUUUAUAAAAUUUGGAUAUUGCAGAAAUAUUGCCGAGACUUAGUUUUCGAAGCAAAUUAAUAUUUGUAACAUUAUGAUCCUGUUAUUAGGAGUUGAAUAUACCUGAUGAGCACGGCAUAUCAAAUCUAAAUCGUGUCUGUUGAGGAAUUUGCUAACGACGUCGGGUCCAAAAGUGAAUGAUACUCCGCGAUCGUUCUCUCCCCAGCCUUGCACAUCUUUAUCCGGAUCUGACCAUAAUAAGUCGCAGAGUAAACCUGAAACAACGAAAUUGAUUU